UGUGACAUCAAGGGUCAGCGACGAGGCGCGCGCCGGCCGAGCAGCGACCCCCGGCCGCGGCCAUGCCCAAGCGGGGCUGCCCCUUCGGGGACGUGGCCCCGCUGCAGCUCAAGGUCCGCGUGGGCCCGAAGGAGCUGAGCCGCGGCGUGUGCGGCGAGCGCCACUCCCGGGAGGUCUUCGAAAGGACCAGGCAGCUCCUGUUCCGUGGAGCCCAGGCCUACAUGGACCAUGUGUGGGAUGAAGGUUCGCCAGAGAGCUGCACCCUUGUCCACCUGCCUGAGUCCCCGAAGCCCAGCCCCACAGGUGUCCCAGGGGUCACCAGUGGGCAGAUGCUGAUCGGACCGGGUGGCCGCCUGCUGAGGAGCCAUGUCCAGGCCUCAGGGGCCGACCCAUCGGAGGCAGCGUCCAGGGCCUGCUCCUCGUGCGUUCGCAGUGUGGACGGAAAGGCGGUCUGCAGCCAGUGUGAGCGCCCCCUGUGUGGUCGGUGUCUGCGCACCUGCUGGGGCUGCGGCGCCGUGGCCUGUGCCCUGUGCUCCGCUGUUGAGAAGUCUGUCAUCACUGGUGUGACUGUCGCUCACGGCUCCACAGCCAGGGAUGCCCCCACUCCACGCUGGCGUCCCUCACCCGGCAGCCCCUCCUCUCACCACCAGGAAUGUCCUGGAGUCCAGGCUCACUGGCCAGAGGCCUGCUCCUACCUCCAGCAGUUUCCAGGCCAGGGACCAACACCCCUUCCUGCAUGGUGGCUGAGCCCAUCCCUGCAGGACAAUCGCCCUCCGACCCUCCUUGCAGCGGGUUGGGCCCCAUCUGAGAGAUGAGGGGGCUCGGCUGUGGCCCUCCUGCUCUCUGUGCAGGACCAGCUGACAGCAGUGGGGGACCCUAUGGGGCGUGCACAGGGGUGCAGUGCUGAGGGGCUUCCACCAGGUGGCGUCAGGAGCACGCUCUGUUCAGAGCGGGUUCCCAGCAGGACUGGGACUGGUGAUGCCAUGGAAGGGGGCGUCCCCUCUGGUCCCGUGUCCCACUCCUGCUGUAUACCUUGAGCAGGCCACCCUCCCAGGGUCUGCGCUUUGCCAGUCUGGGGUUUAGGGUCUGGCCGUGGACAGGAUUGUGACCUUGGCCCCACCUCUGAGCCCAGUGUGGUUCCAGUCCUUCCUGGUGGUCGGGGGUCUCGUUCCCAGCUCAGCCCAGUGGGCUGCUGCUGGGGCUAGAGAAUCAGCAAUGGCUGUGUGCAGUGGGCUGAGUCGUGUCCCUCAGAUGUACCUGUGAAUGUGACCUGUGUGGAAAUAGGGUCCGUUAACACGAGGCCAUAGAGGAGUAGGGUGGGUCCUCACACCACCUGAGUGGUGUCCUUACGAGGCACAGGGCUGGCCUUUGGUGGCAUGAUGCGUCUCCAAGCCGAGAAACCACCAGAAGCUGGGAGAGUGGCCUGGACCAGUGCGCCUGCGGCCCCCAGAAGCACGACAGAGCUCUGUAGCUGUGAGCCUCACGGCGUGUGGUACUUUGUUAUGGCAACCACAGCACUCAGGCACCACGCAAACCAGACUCCUCCCUCAGGACACAGACCUCCUAGAAGGUGUCCGAGACCAGGCCGGGCUUCAGGUUAGCCCCCUAAAAGGCCAGCCCAUGUCCCUGUGCCCUGCACGCCCCUCCUCAGGAACUGGUGGCCUUGGGCAUCGGGUUCCUGGUGGGCUCGGCUCCCCUGUGAGGCAGGUGGAUGCUCCGGAUGCUGCUGUGACCCUGGGGCUAGGCUUUGACCAUUGGGCAGGUGGGAACAGGACAGGGUGGUGGGGCCGUGCUGACCACAGGGUUCCCCGUGUGUCCUGGCUAUAGCACCCUGAGAUCCCAGUGGGGCCUGGGCCAUCAGGGCUGGGGGUCUAGAGCACCAUUCUUCCUGGCCACCUCCCCAAACCCCCAGGACUCCGGGGGGCUUGGCUCUUGUGAUGGGCUCCUCUGCCCAAUGCCCCUAAAACUGGCCAUGGGGAGGCACACCCACACUCCCCCCUCACUGCUGAGGUGGGUGAGGAUGAAUGGGGGAGGGGCUGCACUAACCCAGGCCCCUCCCGAGACCAGAUGCCUAGGAAGGGCCAGUGGGGGCAGCCCAGGGUGCCUCACCAUCCUUCAUGGAGCCCUGCAGGGCCAGGGGCUGCGGGACACAGGACCAGCCCUAGGCACAGGCCCGCUGGACGGCCCGCACCGCUCGCUACACAGCACCAACCAUCCAGCCAGGUGGCAGUGCUGACGGGAGCUGGCCAGCUCCCCCAGGGCGCAUGCGCCGUAACCCCACGUGGCACAACCAGACAACCCAAACUUGAAAAGCAGUUUUUAUUGAAGAAUUUGGAGGGAGAGCUUCAUAUUAUAAUAAAAAUACUAAAGUUGAAUGUUGUAAAAAAAAUGCCAUGGGAGCAGCGCGGCGGCCAGCUGAGGGUGCGGGAAGGUCAGGGGCCGCCCCUUCAGAAGGGGGUCAGGCCGGGGGUCACGGCGGGUGCUGUGCCCGGCGGGGCCUGGGGGCAAACAGCGGAAACGGAAGCCUCUAAGAAGGACAAGUGCUAUGUGGGGGGCUAGGCAAGGAGGGAGACAGACGAUCAGACGGAACAUGGGGUGGGGGGGCUGGGGCCCUUCCUGUUACUAAGAUUAAAAACAGCCCCCAAAUGCAUUUAACAGCAUAAUACACGGGGACAAAUUUAAACCUUGUUCCUCUGUCAUGGGGGUGGGGAGCCCCGCCUCCUCGAGGUCACUGCCACGAGGGGGCAUGGCCUAAGUGCAGGGGCCAGAAGAGGGCUCCAGGGGACCCAGAGCGACGAGCUUGUGGUGCCCGCUGGGCCGAGGCGAUGGACCCUGGGGCAGGACAGCCAGGGCCAGUGAGGGGCCGGGUGAGGUUGGAGGCAGGCCCACCCACCCACAGCCCACCGCCCGUGGCUGUAGACAUCCUGAACGUUUUCCUAGGUUCACCUAACUGUUCUGAGUGCCAACGCUGCAUCUGGAGGACAACCUGGAUGAAAUAAAUUAAGAAAA